AUGGCACAAAGUAGUUGCCCAAAGGACGCAGGAAGAGAGAAAGCCGCGGAAGUCUUUGAGCCAGAUAGGAAGUCUACGACGCAGCGAAGAAUGGAAGCUGCGAGAGUCUUAGAGCCAGAUAGGGAGUUCACGACGCAGCGGAGAUUGGAGCACCAGAGAGGAACCACGGAGCCCAAGUUAGAUUGUGAGAUGGCUCAGAAAGUUGAGAACUACACAGUGGAAGUGACCAAGUUGAGACGAGAGUUAGAAGCGGAGAGGCGAAGGAAUGCCACACCCCCGUUAGUCCAGGGCACCAUCAGCUUCUCAGUGGAGUCGGAAGAGAGAACGUUGGAAGUUAAUGCAAGUACGCGAACAGACAAGAGGACGCAGGUGAACGAAGAUAGGAAGGAUGAGAUCCGAGACGAAAAUAGCGUAGUUACGUUGGCGCAAGUGCAUCAGUCAAAGGAUCCUCCAGCCGAGCGCGGUGACUUGAGGAUUACGGACAGUGUAAUUCAUGAAGUUUUCGAGUACAACAGCGGUCCCAGACGAGUAACUCGAGUUCUGUGCGACGGAAUUAGUGCGACGUGGACGGACAAUAGCAAAGAACGAGUGGCAGGAGUGGCCCAGCCUAAAGACCCUCCUAGCAUGUGGAGCAGUCUUUACAUGGAGUCCGAGAACAGUGAUGGAUACGAGAUCGAGUUCGAAGAGUUGAGACCCCCCGACCCAGAUCUUACUUCAGACGAGAAGGGCGGUGUGAGGCAGGCGAGUUUGAGUUUUGAUGUGUGGAUGGACUUGGCGAGAGGACAGUUCCAUCGAGAGAGAUCGGCGACGAGAGAGACGGAGAUGCAGGAAGGAAAGAUCGCAGAAAGGGACGAGGUGAGGCCUUCGGUGGCCGGAGCCUUGGGGUCUGCGCGAGGGAAGUUGUCCUUCAAGGAUGACCCGAUGAUGAGUAGCGAGAGUGAGGUAGACAGAUUGACCUCGGGAGGAAGGAAGUCCAAGAAGACUAGGACUUAG